CCUACUCACAAAAAAAUCCUUCAUUUUCUCUGUGCGUGCAUUUAUCUGUAUACAUUAUUCAGCAUUUGCAGGUCGGAGAAUCUGAUCGGAGCAAGUUGUGACCGACGAUCGGAGUUGAAAGUUCGUUAUUCAAAGUGUUCUGCGUUAGCUUCCUUUUAUAUUCACUUUUGAUUUUGCUCCUUAAUUCCGUUUUUCGCUCUUCUCAUUUCUAGUGAAUUUACUUAUAUAGGUAUGUAGAUUACAUGAAUUUUGCGCUAUUAUAUAGUUUCCUGCUAGUAUUAUUAGACCUAUAAUGGCGCCUAUCUACUGAUCUCUGUGUUUCGUCUUAUUCUUCUUUUUCGCGUACUGCCUUAUUUAUUGUUUGUUGCAUUUCAUCCUCUUUUGCGAAGUCUAUGAAAUGUUUGUGUUGGUGAAAUUAUAGGUUUUGUUUGCUUAGAUCAAUUAAAAUGGAUUUGCCUUUGUUUGUAUGAGGAGAGAUACUUUUGGUGGAGCUUGUAGACUUUGUGUUGUAUUGAUUGUGCUCUCGUCUAGGUUCCAUUUUUUGUGGAAUCUAUAAGAAUUGUGAUUGUUGUGCUAUGGAAAAAAGAAAGAGAAAGAGACUCUGUUGAGAUUAUGUUUCUGUGCCAUGAGAUCAUGAAUGAUUGGUUUGCGUGCUGUUGUGUUACGAAUGGUUUGCCUUGCUAAUAUCUAUGUUGAAUUAGAUGGUUAUGUAGCGUAUGCAUCUUGGUGGAAUUGCUGCUUCAUAUCACUGAGCUUUCGAGCUUUGUGGUUUUAUUAACCCUAUCCGCAAUUUUUGAUUCAUAGAGUGUAAAUAAUCCUCAGUUUCGGGGCAUUUACGUUGGUUGAUUGAUUGCAUGAGACCUUCACUUUUGAUUGAGUGAGUGGCAGCAAAAUAUAUUCUAGGAACGAUUGACAACUAAUUUGGCAUUCUUUGGGCUUAGGAUAGUUGAUGUAAUUAUCUAGUUUUACUCUUAGCCUUGAAAAAUUAUAGUUAAAAAUAUAUAAGCUCCCGCAGGUUUAAGAUAUGGGGUACCUUGAACUUGUGUGUGGGUGGUUUAGCUAUAUCGAUGUUUUGUGACAGUAUGUAAAUUGCAGCUAUCAAAUAAAAUUCCAGUGAGAAGUUGAUGACGAAUUUAAAGAAAAAACUAAUAAUAAAGAUCUUGAAUAAACAAAUACUUUUCUUUUUUCCUGCCCUAUCCCUUUUCGCUUAUGAAGAUGGAGACUAUAAACACAAGCAAUUAUAAGCAUGUAUUUGGUCAAUCUGAAGUUGCAAAGCUGGUGUUCCAAUCAAAUGGAAGUAGCAGUCGUGAUAGCGCCCUUCUCGUUGGACAUCUAUGUCAAUCUUCUGUUCAGUUUGUUCAUCACUCUGUUUCCUUUUUCUAUUUUGCAUUCAACUUCUGAUGCUGGUAUCCAUUGAGGCUAUUGGUAUUUGCAGUUCUCACUUUUCCUUUAGUUGGCUGACUUAGGAUUUGGAGUUUUGAUUGCUUUCCAAGUUUUCUGGUAUGUUUUAUCUUCCAACCAAUCUAAUUUUGGGCUCCUGAAGGAGAUCAUCUGGUAUAUGUGGUUGUAGCUGUUCUUGACUGAUGGUAAUGAAAGAUUGUAAAUUUUACCUACUUUCGCAUGAGAGGUAGACACUGGACUGUAGAAAAAUGAGAUAUCGUGGCACAUGAUGCUUUUUGUUUGCAACUUCAGUUUUUGUGAAUUUUAGUAAAAUGCUAGGCAUGUGCGAUGAUGAAGUCUUUCGUUAACAAAGAUAAGCCUCAGGAUGAAAAGGUGAACAAAAAAGAAAGGAAAAAAGAAAGAUGACCACCGGAGACUGGAGAGUAUGGAUCAGUUGGAUGUUGUAACCCAACAGAUAAGAUUUUCCUUUCUGACAAUGAAAUAAUCCAACUAACAGAUUGUAGGAAUUUAUAAAAUUCUUCUUCAGGGUAAGAUUCCCUUGUUGAAGUGACAUGGUGCAGAAUCUCAGACAGAGGUAGGGUUGUCUGUGAUGGACAACAAAUAAAUCAUCUCUGCAGUCUCGCACUUUUCCCAGUAUUUUUCUGUCAGGACGGGUUUGAUUGUUGUCCAUUGCUUUUACCUUAGGUUGGACUUCCCUUCAUCAGUAUCUCUUUAAAUGGAGUUCUCCAAGAAUGAAAUCAUCGUGCAAUCAUUAUUAUCUACUGCUGGACGCUUUGGAGCUCCUCAAUGCUUCACGAUAGUUCUAGUUUGGGUUCCUUUUGAACCUACUUGUGGAUUCUUGUAGAUCAACUUGUUUUGAUGAAUUCUCAUGGUGGAGUUUGCUGAUUGGAGCUGUCAAGCUUUGUUGGAAUUUGUUGUUGCUGGUUUCAAUUGGUGUUCAUGUGCGACAACACAACAUUGUCUGAGGUGUUUUGCCCAUUUGGAGGGCCAAGUAGUCAUUCCUUUGUAGGUUUAGGAUUUUUUCCCUUGACUGUUUCCUGAAUGCAGGGCUUCUAGUUGUUAAAUUGAUCCAUAAGGCUAAAUGGGAGACAUAGUGAUUGAACAUUCAGGGACGACACAUUAUGAGGCCUUAAACUUACAAAAUGUUACAACAUCUGAGAAUGAUGCUGAUCUGGUUCAGAGUUUCUGUGGGGACUACUUGCCUGAGGAUAUUACACAUGAAGAAAAAUCCACUUGUACUGAAGCCCUCGACAGAGGAUACUUGGAAUAUGGAUGUCCCCACUAUCGCCGUAGAUGUCGCAUUAUAGCCCCAUGCUGCAAUGAGAUGUUUGACUGCAGGCAUUGUCAUAAUGAAUAUAAGAACAAUAUCAACGUUGACCAGAAACUUCGACAUGAGAUUCCUCGUCACAAGGUGGAAAGGGUUAUAUGCUCACUUUGUGAUAAAGAGCAAGAGGUUCGGCAAGUUUGCAUCAAUUGCGGUGUGUGCAUGGGGAGAUAUUUCUGUGAAACGUGUAAGCUAUUUGAUGAUGAUACAUCCAAAAGACAGUAUCACUGCAAUGGUUGUGGAAUAUGCAGGAUUGGUGGGAUGGAGAACUUCUUCCACUGUCCCAAAUGCAGAUGUUGUUAUUCAGUUCUAUUGAGGAACAGCCACCCCUGUGUAGAGGGGGCAAUGCAUCAUGACUGUCCUGUUUGUUUUGAGUAUCUCUUUGAGUCGAUAAAUGAUGUAACAGUCAUGCCUUGUGGCCACACUAUUCAUAAGAACUGCUUGAAGGAGAUGCAGGAACACUACCAAUAUGCUUGUCCUCUCUGCUCUAAGUCGGUAUGUGAUAUGUCAAAGGUCUGGGAGAAAUUUGACAUGGAGAUUGCUGCAACACCAAUGCCCGAACCUUAUCAAGACAAGAAGGUUUGGAUCCUUUGUAACGAUUGUGGAAUCACCUCAGAAGUGCAAUUUCACUUUGUGGCCCAGAAAUGUCCAUGUUGCAAAUCUUACAACACCCGCCAAACAAGAGGCAGAUAAAAGGACCAAAUAUCAAUAGCCAGUCUGGCUUUCAAGUGAAAAUGAUCCCACACCCUAUGUGGCUAGGGUGGUACCUCUGAGCGGGAAUGACUGGGCUUUACAAAAGCUAAGCUUAUAGAAGAAAUGAUGGAAGGAAGGGGUACUAUAUGAUCCUGCUUGUAGCACUUCUGGGGUUAUCGUGUUUUCGCGUUUCUUCAGUUUAUUUAUCUUCAAUGUUCAGUAUGUGUGUUUUAUAUGCCAGUGUAAUGUAAUUUUGAAGACACUGAUUAUUUGUUCAGUGCUAGCACAAAUAUUGUUGGUAUGCGUGAUUCAAUCCUGUAUAGCACAGAGCAAGUAGAACUGUCGCAUGUCAGGUGGCUGAGACUUGAUGUGUUGUGUGAUAUUGUAUCUUCCAGUUAAUUACUCAUGUGAAGUUAAAUUUGUAUUAUUAUUUCGUAUUUAAAGAGUACUAUAGUUCUU